AGUGGUUUUAUUUUACAUUAGAGCGCACAUUCUGCCACUGUUUCCUUAAUGGUUUUGCUCGCAGUCUCGUUUCAGUUUGCAGAUCCUAUAAUCGUGGGAAAAUAAUGACAGUUAUCAGUCGCACCCACCAAGUACCCAUAAAAAUCUGUCCUCUGUUCUGGAAGAUGAUAAUUAUUGGUUGUACUACCAUUAUCAUUGUCGUUGUUGAUAGAGGAAAUCUUGAAGCAUUUUUUCCAAAGUAAUUCCAGAGAAAUCACUUCAAAUUGGCCUAUUUCGGGGGGACAAGGGGACCAGCUUGCUUUAUAGCCUAAUAUUUCACAGAAAUCUUUGAAUCCAGGCAUGAGCUGCCGCCUGGCACACUUUGGCACACGCGUCGUGAUGUCAGCGGCUGCAUUUUGAUAACGCGUUUUGCAACUUGCUAGUUGUGUUUUGAGUUCAAUUAUGUAAUUAGGCUGAUAAUGACAGUGAGGGAAUUUAACUGGCUUUAAUUUGUUAUUCAGGUGGAGAUAGGAGACUGUGGAUAGAGAGCGCGGCUGUGUCUCUGCUCUGUGCUCAGACUGAACGCUUUGGUGGUCAAGAUGAAGCCCGGGAGAAUGAGGAGCUGCCGCGGCUGUGCGCCUCGCUCCAGGCGCAUCCUGCGGAGUCUCUGUGACCCCGGAAGGCGAGGACUUGUCUACUUCUUUUCCAUCACAUGAUGCCUGCUCUCUCCUUCGGACCCAGCCCCAGCGUCGCCAAUCCGCUUCCCUCUUGGAGAGAGUGGACCAAUCAGCGAGCGUCUUUGAUGAAUAUUCAUGAGUCCGAGAUUCAAACCUUUGAGCGACUUUGUCUAGGUCCACAGCAUCAUACCUAGGACUUUUCACGGGCACAAACUACAUUUUCUUAUGAAUGGAACGAGAAAAAAUCUGUUCGCCUUAAAUUGGGACCCGUCCUUCACUGAGAUCAUAGAGGCAAAACAACAAAAGCGAGACGAGGGGAACCGCCAGAAGAGAUGACAAUGACUACAAUUCCUGAAAGUCUUAAUAGCCCUGCCUCAGGAAAAACCGUUUUCAUGGAGUUUGGACCCCCGAGUCAACAAAUGUCUCCGUCCUCCAUGUCUCACGGACACUAUCCCAUGCACUGUUUACAUUCUGCAGGUCACACGCAGCACGACAGCUACAGCCCUGCCUCGUCUUUCCCUAGGUCGUUGGGCUAUCCCUACGGCAGCCAUCCCACCAGUCCGUACCUGGGCUCCGUGCAGACGUACCAAAACAGCUCUGCGCUCUCACAGACACGGCUAGAGGACACAGUGCCAGAAGCGGAGAAAAACACAGUGGUGGAAGGUGGCGAAGUGCGCUUCAACGGAAAAGGCAAAAAAAUUAGGAAACCAAGGACUAUCUAUUCGAGUUUACAACUGCAAGCUCUGAACAGGAGGUUUCAGCAGACCCAGUACCUGGCGUUACCGGAGAGAGCGGAGCUGGCGGCGUCUCUGGGGCUCACGCAAACACAGGUGAAAAUUUGGUUCCAGAAUAAACGUUCCAAGUUUAAGAAACUGAUGAAGCAGGGGGGAGGCACCAUCGAUACCAAUGCUUUGUCCAGUGGCCGUGGACUGUCCACGGGCUCCCCCUCCGUGCCCCCGGUGUGGAGCUCUCCCACAACAGUUAAGACAUCAGCGGGGUCCACCGGCUCAUACAUCCCCAGCUACACGUCUUGGUACCCGACCACACACCAAGAGUCUAUGCAACAGUCGCAGCUCAUGUGAGCAAACGGCGAGCUUGGACUCGGACUUCAGCGCACCAGGACGUGGCGCACGGUCAGGCCACGCACAAACCGAACCCGGAGCACUGAGCCUGAGCCGAGGCUCCAGAGGCGGGGGCCAAUGACUGAAGGCGAGGAGCCUGAGGGCGACAGGGCCGUAACGAUGCGCGGAAGUCGCACAAGCGGAUCUUUUGGCUGCUGUUUAUCAUUGUGUCAGUUUAGAUUUAUUUUUUAUCACACGUGAGAGAUUUUCUAUUGAGCUGCAGUUUGGGCCCACGGAGCCGCAGCUAAACUAAUUUAGACCAAAGGUGUUCCUUUGAUAAAAAUGUUUGACCACAGCAGUAGUUUCAGCAAUGCCUCAAGGUGCUGUAUGUUGUUACUCUGUGUUUGUUAUUUAAGUUAAAUUAUUCUGAUGAGUUUUGUUUCUUUUAAAGUCAGUCUGUGUUCAGUCUGUGUUCCAGAGACAACACUGUUCUAGCUGCACUUAAGUAAAGCUUUCUAUGCCGUGCCCCGGUGUUAUGUGAAAUGUAGAAGGCCUGACGAGACGUGCUGCUUUGAAAAACACGUGGAUGUGAUGAGCAGUUCUUCUGUCACUGUAUUUUGUACAUAUUUCACAUUUGUUUUGUGCUGUACUCAAUGGAGCUCCACAGUCCCACCCACUUCGAAGUGCGCACCGGUUCCGGAAGUAAAAUGUCCAUUCAAUUCCCCAUAAACUUUUCGAAAAAUUUGAAUAUUAGAAGUUCAAAGGCAUUGGGGAGGCUCACCAGCUACUUGGUAACUAACAUCCAUAACGCGGUUGUUUUAAGUCCAAAAAGCACAUUUAAAACUAAAGAUUCAGCGAAAUGCUUUAAUAACUUAUCGGUUUAUAAAGUUUCAGAGACAGAUUUUACAUAAAAUUAUAGGAUUGUCAGUAGUUACCACAUAGCUGAUUAGCCUUUUAUUUAUUUAUUAUUUAUUUAUUUUUCAUGGAAAGUCUAUGGGAAAAAUGAGAGAAAUGUACUUCCGGACCCGGGGGCGGGCCGUCACUGUUGAGCUCCACACGCUGUGAAACAAGGUCUUUUGGCUUUCUGUAUCUGUCGAGAUGUGUUUAGUCAACAUAGAAAAUAUUUAGUUUUGUAUUGAUCACUUUAAUUUAUUUAUGUUUAUGUACAUAAUGUUCACAUUUUCAGAAGCAGUAAAAGUCUGAUUUAAAUUAUGCCAUAAACGUUUGACUGAAGCCUCCUCUCUCGGUGUUAUCGCAGCACACCUUUGAUUUAUGACCGUUCA